ACAAAAAAUAUCUGAAGCAGCAAAAAUGGCCUGCAAUUCGCUCUGUACCUUCUCAGUCUCUGCAUCAUCUUCUUUACGCAGACAUUUUGUACCUCUUUCUCCUCCCUUGAACACCAUCUCUUUGUCUUCUUUCUCAAGAUUAACCCCAAACCCACAGUCGUCUUCUCCUUCUUCUACUUGCUCUUGUUUCAGAAAUCGACGCAAUGUCAAUCCCUGUGUCUUCUGCAUUUCAUUCAAACCCACUACUAUCAGACCCUACAAAUAUGUCAGGAGCAGGUUCAAUUGCAGAAGCAGUGGUACGGAAAUGGAAUCAGAAGCCGAUGUUGGCGUGGGAACUGGCCUGGAUGUGGAGUGCACUGUUAGUACAGAUUCAAUGUUACCCAGUGGUGAUGACGGAAAAGAAGAAGUCAUGGAUUUAAGGGAGUUGGGGGUUUUGGUUUCGCCCUUCUUUUUUUGGGGCACGGCCAUGGUUGCCAUGAAGGAGGUGUUGCCAAGGACUGGUCCCUUCUUUGUUUCUUCUUUUAGGCUGAUUCCAGCAGGACUUCUUUUGGUUGCUUUUGCCGCAUACAAAGAUCGGCCUAUGCCCUCCGGCCUUACUGCUUGGCUUUCUAUUGCCCUCUUUGCUCUUGUUGAUGCAACCUGUUUUCAGGGGUUUCUGGCUCAAGGAUUACAGAGGACUUCUGCAGGUUUGGGCAGCGUGAUAAUUGACUCGCAGCCUUUAACCGUGGCUGUGCUGGCAGCCUUGUUGUUUGGUGAGUCAAUUGGAUUUCUAGGAGCAGCUGGGCUUAUACUUGGUGUUGUCGGGAUUCUACUUCUUGAGGUGCCUGCACUUUCUAUUGAUGAAAGUAAGUUUUCACUGUGGGGGAGUGGGGAGUGGUGGAUGCUCCUUGCCGCACAGAGCAUGGCAGUUGGCACAGUUAUGGUCCGCUGGGUUUCCAAGUACUCUGACCCUGUGAUGGCGACUGGAUGGCACAUGGUUAUUGGUGGCCUCCCUCUCGCGGUAGUAUCUUUUCUCAAUCAUGAUCCUGCUCUUAGCGGCAGUUUUAAUGAACUUUCAACAACUGAUAUAUUGGCACUUCUAUAUACCUCCAUUUUUGGAAGUUGCAUAAGUUACGGGGUAUACUUCUACAGUGCAACAAGAGGAAGCCUGACCAAGCUUAGUUCCCUCACCUUUCUAACUCCAGUUUUUGCUUCAAUUUUCGGGUUUUUAUAUCUUGGUGAGACUUUUUCACCCUUGCAAGUGGUCGGUGCUACCAUUACUUUAGUAGGAAUAUACUUGGUCAAUUAUCGGGACUCUGUCAAUUGAAGCAUAUGGUCUGGAAUGAUGCUUUCACAAUGCGAGUGAAGACAAAAUGAGGGCGAGAUUGGCAGGUCACCGAGUUUCCUGAGUCUACAUCAUACUACAGAUAUAUGGAUCUGGACCAUGUACAUACAAGAAAGAAAAGAAUAUUAACUGAAGAAAAAACUUUGGAACAGAGGCUGUUUCCUUUGAAAUACAUGUAAAACUAGUUGAAAUUGUACGAAGUUUUCUCAUAGCUUAAAAGGAUUGAAUUGCUCCAGCUAUUUCCUUGACCAAGCUGUAUAGUAUUGUUAAACUACCUCUUUGAUGCUAUGAAAUUAUUUGCUCUCCAGUUAAUG